GGUGGUGGUGGUGGUGGUGGUGGUGGUGGUGGUUCUGGUUCUGGUGGUGGUACUUCGGGACACGGUGGUGGUCAUGGUGGUGGUCAUUCUGGUCGAGGUCGUCGAGGUGGUGGUGGUAGGGGGUAUGGAGAAGAUGGUUGGUAUGGUGAUGGUACAGGAUUGGGAAUGAGGAAAAAUUCAUCGUUGGCAAGGUUGCAUACUCGGACACGAUCACUGAGGGAGAUCUCAGAGCAGAGACUCUCAGCCAUCAUGACUGCCGCUGUAGCCGGUCCCGGCCCGGACUCUGACGGCUGGGAAGCGCUCGAGUCGCUUGGUCUCGCUCGCGCCGAGUCGUACUCUGUGCCUUCACUCGCUGGUUCGGUCAGCGUCCUGCCCAAGGACUCGAUGGUGGCUGAUAGCGAGGAGCUGAAUCGGACCGUGGCCGAGAUGGCGGCGGGCAAGCGGCAAGUUCGAAAUGGGGACCUGGCGACGCAGUCGUUCUUUGUCCCGACAGCCAGACAGAGGCGGAAGCGUGCCGGAAGCAACGAUAGCACGCGUAGCGAGCGGCGGAUAAGUCUCGGUGGCUUGAUGGACGAGGCACGCGAGCGAGCGAUGCGGCUAGGGCCACGAGCAGAAGCAGAGCGCGAGUAUGAUCUCUCCGCCUCGCUGCUGGGCCGGACUAUGGGCCUCAUUUCGCUGCAGCUCUCGUCCGAGACGACAAUGUUUGACUUGCCGCUGGAGAACGGGCUCCGGCGGAUCUGCCACUUCCUCCAUCCUCAAGAUGUGGUGGCACUCGCUUCGACCUGCUACGUCCUCUACGACAUCAUUCUCUCCGACGAGCCGUUCUGGGCAGCGCUCCACUCUGUGGCGUUGAGUAAGACGCAGCAGCGGCAGCCGCUAGCGUCGUCGCGGCGGAUGGUAGCCCAGCCUGCGCUGCUGCGGUCGGCAUCGACCGACGGCUUCUUCCUCGGUUCGCGUAAGAUGCCUUCGCACGAGGAUAUGCACGUCUUCUUUGGCGACGACGAGCUCGCGCACAAGCCGCCGCCCAACCCCAACCGCAGAAAGGCAAUCCGCUCUGCGGCGCUGACCGCUGCUGCCGACGCGGCCUCGCAGCCACGGGCCUCAAACUCGAUCUGGGACGUGGCGCCGUCGUACAAGGCCUACCGCGCGCUUCAGCUCGACAAGCUCUGGGCUGUCUUUACCACGCGCGAACUCCCGCUCGCCAUCCUCGAUACAAACCUCCUGCAGGCCUCCGAGUUUUCACUUCACAACCUUUCGCGGUGCGACGACACGGCGUCGUCCGAGCUUUCGUCGGCGGAGUACUACUCGUCGUACUACUCCUCGGACGACGAGGCCCCGUCGUGUUCUGACCUUGUCUACGCUGGCAGCAACACGCAGAUCUCGAGCUCAUCCUGCUCCAACUCGGAGUGCGACGGCUUGUCGGCGCCAACGACACCGUCGCCGUCUACCUCGCCCUUGAUUGCAUCCAUCCCUGAUCCAAUGGACGAGCCUUUGCAGGCCGGACGUGCAGCCAUCCCGGCGAUGGAGCUGGGCGGCAUGCUGGAAGCAUCAGCGAGCUCUGGCUCAUUCCAUCUCUCGCAUCUUCCGCUUGCACCGGCGAACCCACUUUCCAGAAUCCGCAACUCGCCAGAUGUGGGGCCGUACACUCCGCGACGGCGGCAUCAUCGUCGGCGUCACACGCCGCGCGUCGGUGCCGCCGCCGGCGGUGGCAGCAAGGAGGAUGAGGCUUGGACCAAGGACUCGGAGUUGCUACUGGCGUACACGCUGCGGACUGGAGCCCAUACUCGGUACCGUGGUGGCGAGCGGCGAUCACUCGAGGCGGCGCGGAUGCUUUCGGCGGCAUCCCUGGUGGCGUCGCCAUCUGACUCGGCGCUGGAGGAGCGCGCGGCGCGGUUUGAACUCAUUGCGCAGCAGCUGUUCUGGGCGGCGCUGGCGAACCGGCCGCGGGUCAUGUCAGCGGUGCUCAACACCAACGUCCACGUGGCGUCGGACGAGCGGGUCAUGCUCCUCAAUGCGCACGUCCCACGCAAGCUCAUCGGCCGCAUUCCGGUCCUAACCGACCGGCCGCCGCCGCGGUCUGUGUUUGGAUCCGACGACGCGGCUCGCUGCUCUGAGCCUGCGCUUCACACCUCGCAACUGCUUCGGGCGCUCUCGCUCGACGUGACAUCGAACCAUGUGUGCGAGAGCGAGGAGGCCAUGACUGCCCUGGGACUCGACGGCCUCGGCCCGGACCGGAUCACAACGCUGCUGUUGGAGGCGAUUGUGGCAGGAGCGACCGACACGGCGCUGUAUCUGGUCCGACUCCGCGAUGUCAACGUCAACGUGCCGUACUCGCUCCCACCGCUGCAUGUGGCGACGCUGUACUCACGACCGCUUAUUGUCCGCGCGCUCCUUGAUACGGGCAUGGUCAACGAGGAGUACUUUGAGUCUACCGGACUUGUCUCGCCGCUGCACGUAGCUGCAGCGCGGGGGGACAUGCGGACACUCCACGUCCUCCUUGCCCACUCGAACAUUGACGUCGACACACCGACGCCGAUCCAGGGCGUGCUCGGCGGGCUGUACACCCCGCUCAUGCUCGCGGUCUCCAACAACCACAUCCGUGUAGUGAAGCUCCUGCUUCACGUUGGCGCCUCACCGGAUGUGCAUCGUGCUGAUGGCAUGACUGCGCUCUUCAUUGCCGCCCAUGCCGGCUUUGACGACAUUGCCAACCUCUUGCUCGACGCCGGCGCGUCGACCUCGCCGCCGGCUUCGUCACCGGGCUGGUGGGACGUUGUCGCUCGCGGCUUUCUCACCGAUCUCCGCGAAAAGUGUCUCGGCGGGACCGGCGUGGUCGUCGACGAGGGACUGGUGCACUACAGCGAUGGCGGCGGCGGUCUCACUCGUCCGCGCGCCUACUCGCACUUGCCGGCCAAGACGCUGAGCAAGUCUCCAUCGCUGUACGGCCAUCUGGAGAGCUCCAAGUGGGCCCGCGAGUCGUACGGCCCGCGGCCGAAUCUGAUGGACGUGGCCGAGCGGGUAGAGACCCGCAAGCGAGCGUUGACACUCGCGAGUAGUGUCAGCCGCGGCCGUGACACGUCGGUGUCCGGAUGAGGAAGAGUGCCGGAUAUCGUUUGUCGUUUGUUGAUGGGGGGGGGGGGGGGGGAAAGAAACACU